AUGGGAGGUGGGUGCCCAAUUGCACAUGAUAAAAGUACAGAUAUUAAUCCAGCCAAUGUUAUGUAUAGACCAAAUCAAAACCCACACCCAGAUCAAACUAAACCAUUAUCAACUGAUCGUAUUACCUCAACCAUCCCAAGAACUGAAAAAGACAAUUGGCAAUAUCCUUCACCACAAAUGUUUUUUAAUGCAAUGAAACGUAAACAAUAUGAACCAAAAGAAGAUGAUAUGAAUGUUGUUAUUUCAAUUCAUAAUACUGUAAAUGAAAAAUGUUGGAAUGAUGUUUUAGAAUGGGAAAAUGAAUAUAAAGAAGAAUGCCCACAACCAAAAUUAGUUAAAUUUAAAGGUAGAGCUCAAGAUUUUAGUCCAAAAGCCAGAUUUUUAAAUACAUUUUUAGGAUAUAAAUUACCAUUUGAUAGACACGAUUGGAUUGUUGAUAGAAACGGUAAACAAAUUCGUUAUAUUAUUGAUUUUUAUGAAGGAAAAAUUGAUAAGGAUUCAGGUAAAUCAAUUGGUAUCUAUAUCGAUGUUAGACCAGCAAUUGACGAUAUGCAAUCAUUAAAAGAUAGAUUUUUACAUUUAUUUAAAUAA